CAUAAAGGUCAGCCUGGGACCCAGAGCAGCUCAGAGGGAGGAGCCAGACCAGCAGUUCCUAGUACUCUGCAUUGCUUUUUCUGGACUAUGGCUCCAUGACAACUGCACCAGCAUGGCAGUGUGUGUGGCCCUGAUGCACACCAGGAUCACUCUUCUGCUGCUCUGCCUUGGGGUAUCUCUGUCCAUUCAUGGCCUCUCCCAGGCCAGGCCCUCCCAGCAUUUCAGCUCCCCAGAAGUGGUGAUCCCCUCGAAGGUGACCAGCAGGGGUAGAGGUGCAAAGGCUCCAGGAUGGCUCUCCUACCGCCUGCAGAUUGGGGGCCAGAGGCACACUGUCCACCUGAGGGUCAAGAGGCUGUUGGUUUCCACACACCUCCCUGUGUUCACCUACACAGAGCAGCAUGGCCUCCAGGAGGAUCAUCCCUUUGUCCCUAAUGAUUGUUACUAUCAUGGUUACGUGGAGGGGGCCCCCGAGUCUCUGGUUGCCCUCAGCACCUGUUCUGGAGGUUUUCGAGGAAUGCUACAGAUAAAUGACCUCAUGUAUGAAAUCAAACCCAUCAGGCACUCUGCCACAUUUGAGCACCUGGUGUAUCAGGUAGGGGGUGAUGAGACAGAGUCCCCACACGUGAGAUGUGGGUUAACAGAAGAGUCAAUAGCACGUCAAUUGGCAUUUCAAGCAUCAUAUAACUUCACUUUGAAACCACGUUCUCAUCUGAAUUGGUGGGCCCACUGGCGAUUUGUUGAGCUGGCAGUGGUCGUGGACAAUGGUAGGUUUGUUUACUGUCAAAGUAAUGAGUCAAUAGUGCAGGCUGAAGUAUUUCAGGUUAUCAAUAUAGUGGAUGAAUUGUAUUACCACAUGGGGGUUGAUGUAACUUUGACUGGGAUUGAAAUCUGGAAUGUACGAAACCUCAUAAAUACAAGUGGUGACUUAGAUCCAGUUACAGAGAGUUUUGCUCUUUGGAAAUUUUUAUUUUUGGAUAACCGUCUUCACCAUGAUGUUGCACAUCUGUUCAUAAAAGAAUUGCAUGGUGACAAAGUUGGAGUUGCCUUUAUAGGAGGAGUAUGCCGACGUCCUGUAAACUGUGGAGUUGAUGUUUUUGAAGACAGAAGAUUCAGCAUUUUUGCCCUUACUUUGGCCCAUGAGAUUGGUCAUAAUUUGGGUAUGUUGCAUGAUGAUCGGUGGUGUGCAUGUCCAGAUCGGUAUUGCAUAAUGUAUCCCUCUAGACAGCAGUCACGGAGAUUCAGCAACUGUAGUUAUUCCCAAUAUAUGGCAAAUACUAUGAAUACUGGAACGUGUAUCCUGUCUCCUGCACAACCACAGCACAUCUUAAGGUUGAGAUUCUGUGGGAACCGAGUGGUUGAAGACGGAGAGCAGUGUGACUGUGGAUCUACACAAGAGUGUGGAAAUGAUAGUUGUUGUAUGAUGAACUGUGUUCUAAAGCCUGGGGCAGCUUGUGCAUUUGGAGGUUGUUGCAAAGACUGUGAACUCCUGCCACAAGGAACUGUAUGUAGGCAUCCAGUCAGUGAUUGUGAUCUUCCAGAGUGGUGCAACGGGACGUCACAUGAGUGCCCAGAUGACGUAUAUAAACAGGACGGCAUCCUCUGUAGUAUAGACUCUUACUGCUAUGAAAAGAAUUGUAAUAACCACGAUUCUCAGUGUAAGCAGAUUUUUGGCACAGGGGCCCUGAGUGCAUCUGAAAGUUGCUACAAUGAAAUGAACACCCAAGGAACUCGUUUUGGCCACUGUGGUAUUGAAGGCACCACAUACGUAAAGUGUAUGGCUCCUGAUGUCAUGUGUGGGAGAGUUCAGUGUGAAAAUGUCCUCACAGUUCCCACACUGGUAGAACAUUCUACAGUGCAUCAGUUUCACUUCAAUGGCACCACUUGCUGGGGCACUGAUUAUCACUUCGGGAUGUCCAUACCUGAUAUCGGUGAAGUGAAAGAUGGCACGGUGUGUGCUCCAGGCAAGAUGUGCCUCCGCAGGAAAUGUGUCGAUAUGGUUAAAGCAUCAGAAACCUGUCAGACUCAGCAUUGCAACAUGAGUGGGAUCUGCAAUAAUAAACAGCACUGUCACUGUCACCCAGGAUGGGCACCUCCCAACUGUACUGUCAGGGGCUCUGGAGGUAGUGUAGAUAGUGGUCCACCAGGCCCACUUUACUCUUACCAGUUACUCUGGUAUGUUGUGGUCUCCCGAGCAACACUGACCCGGAAUUUGGAGUGA